AUGACAACCCGGCUCGACGUCGAGAAGGAAUCCUCGCUCGCAGACGACGAGUACGGCGCUCACGUCGUUCGCUCCGACACUGAGCUCGAGAAGGACGGCGGAAACCUCGUCCUCCAGGUUGAGGAUGCAGCAGCAGCAGGCUUGAAGACCGCCAAGGACGGACGAACUAUCCUCGUACCUCAGCCCAGCGACGACCCGCGCGACCCCCUUAACUGGCCGGAGUGGAAGAAGCAUGCGAUCUUGAUCAUCGUCGCGCUCGCUGCCUUUGGCGGAGACUUCCAAUCUGGCGCCGGUAUCCCCCUCCUCCUUUCUCAGGGCGAAGAAUGGGGGCUAUCGCCCGCGAAAGUGAACGAGGCUGGAAACCUCAAUGUUCUCCUGCUAGGCAUCGGCGGCCUCGUGUGGAUUCCGCCACUUUACUUCUGGGGCCGUCUUCCCGUCCUCUUCUGGACCCAGCUCAUCGGCACCUUCAUGGUACUCGGCAGCGUCCUGGUACAAGACUUCAACGCCUACUACGCCCUCCGACCUCUCACCUCGCUCUUCCUCACGGCCGGACAAACGAUCGGCUUGACGUUCGUCAAGGACAUGUUUUAUUUCCACGAACACGCUCGCAAGAUCGGUCUUUGGGUGGUCAUCUUCCUCUGCUCGCCUUACUGCGGUCCUUUCUUCGGCGGGUUCAUCGUCUCAGGACUCAACGGCGCAUGGCGACCAGUCCUCUGGGUCGUCUUCGCCUGGAGCUGCUUCGUCCUCCUCCUCGUCAUCUUCCUCGCCGACGAGACGUGGUACGACCGCUCCCUCUCCGUCCAGCCGGAGCGACCCACCGGCGUCUACGGACGAUUCUGCAACCUCGUCGGUAUCACCGGAAUCCGCCAGCGCGCCUACAAGCCCAACGCCUUCCCCUCGAUCAUGCGCCUCUUCGAAGUCUUCACCAAGCCGACGCUCUGGAUGGUCUUCGUCGUCUACGCUCUUUCGUUCAUGUGGGCCGUCGGUAUCAACAUCACCUCCUCCAUCAUCCUCGCGACGCCGAAGGUCGCCGGCGGCUACGGCUUGACUCUCAAGCAGACGAGUGUCGUCUACCUCACUCCCCUCGUCGCGCUCAUCCUCGGCGAGGGUAUCGGGCACGUCGCGAACGAUUGGAUCGCUAAUCGCUAUGUUCGCAAGCACAACGGCGUCUUCAAGCCCGAAUGCCGUCUAUACAUCUUCCCUUUCGCUUCCAUCCUCAUGAUUGCGGGCCUCGUCCUCGUCGGACAGGCCCUGGCCAAGGGCUUGAGUGUCGGCGCUAUCGUCGUGGGCUGGGGGGGCUACGUUUUGGGAGUUAUGGUGUCGUCCGUCGCGAUCACGGCUUACAUCCUCGACGUCUUCCCAUCCGCCUCAGGCGAAGUCAGUGCCGCCGUCAAUCUUUCGCGUACGAUCAGCGGGUUUUCGGUAGGAUAUUUUCAAGCUCCGUGGGGCGAAGCCGUUGGAUACGACGUCUCGUUCGGCAUCCAAGCCGCCAUCGUCGCCUUCGCCAUGGGACUCGUCUUCGUCCUCAUCGCGGUCGGCGAGCGGAUCCGCAAGUUCGGCGGUCCCCUUCACUUCGCCAAGCACCAAUAG